CUCCAUUUAAGUAUUCGUGUUGAUAGUCAACCUGUCAGUCAGUCAGUCCGUCUGUCAGGCUGCUGUGUCUCAGCCUGACUCUGUGGUAGCCCGUCUGCAGCCCAGCUCGCAGAAUGACAGCCCAUUGGUGGAGCUGUGUGUUGGGAUUACUCUGCAUGCUUGCUGAGGUAAUACUCAGUACCUGGACAGUUUCACAAGACCCCGUCUCGAUCUCUCUAGUGAGAGUCAACUCAUCUACUGUGAUGACAUGCUCCACAUCACUGUCUGACCCAAUGGGGGUCUACCUGAACAGGGGUUUCCAUGGCAACAGGGAUGUUGUGUACCUGGACUUGAGGAACGGACAAGUCAGCCAUCACACCGUGGCUCCAGAAUUUGUAGGUCGAAUUGACAUAACUCCAGUCCAGCAGAACGAGAAGGGCUAUGGAUUCAAGUGGGAGCUGUCUCUGCUGGGGUUGGAGGACACAGACUGGUAUUACUGCAGCUGGAUACACUUCAAAUCAGAGACAGCAGAGCAAGAAACCCGGUCCAGCAAAGGCACCCUGAUCAUUGUCAGAGAGGAAUAUUCCCAGGAACAAUGCAAUCACCACAGUGAGCACCUCAUCUUUUUUGUCUUGAGUGUGACAGCAGUCGUCUUCACAUUGUCCCUCGUCAUCGGAGUACUAAUUGCGAGAUGCAUGCAAUUUAAAAAGAACUUCAGACCUGCCAGAGCUGUAAAACCACCCAGACCUAACAGAUCACAACAUAUCUGCCAUCAGCAGAGAAUUGAACAUUGCCCAUACAUGACCACUUCUGCAAAUGCUAUGGACUUUAGGGGAAUUCUGUGAUACAAAAAGUUGAUGUCAUGACUAUGAAAAGAGAUGAAGAUUUCUUGAAAAAGUGUUGGCAGCAUGUAACAGAUGAUUCGCAGAUUAGCAGCUCGCCCUUACAAGCUCAACGGAGGCGUCUUACUUUGUCUUGCUUGCUCUCAGCUUCAUUUCCUUUUUUUCUAUACAUUUUUGUUUUUUGUCUGCAGAAAAGUGACUGAGCUACCACAUCCUGGCUCAUGUGGCAUACAGGUGUCAUGCGUUUGAACGGCGUUAGUGAAGAAAAACUGCAGAGCAUGCAUUUUAUUACUCACUGUAUUUUGCAGUUCAUGUCCUCUUGACCUGUUAGGUUUUGCAAUAUGCUUAUUCUGCAUGUUUUCUCUGCACCUCAUACAAAGAUUCUGAACUAAUAAACACAUGUGAUCCACA